GCUAGCUCGCAUCAGCCGCGAUCACUUGCGAGCAGCAACCUGUCGAGCACUAAGGCUGUAGAGUCUAAGACAAAGCUAAAGAUAAAUCACUUGCGAUUGAGCCCCGGCCCCGAGCCCGCGGGUUUCUACGUCGACAGCGUUAUCGCGCAAACGCAUCCACAGCGUGAUUGACUGGCAGCCAAACGCAACGUCGCUUGCCCGCGCGAGCGAGCUGUGCGAUGGCCGAUGCCUGGGGCCAGGAAAGCCUGACGUUGGAGACGCUCCGCGACGUCUACGCUAAUCUGAACCACACGGCGGCGCCGCCGCCUGCCGCCGCGCGCGAGGUGGCGCGGCGCCGCGCCGAGCGCGCCGUCGCCGGCGCCGUCUUCGAGCUCGGCCUGCGCCAGUGCUCGCCCAAGGUCAUCCAGGGCCUCCUCGCGCGCGGCGCGGCGGCGGGGUCGCUCACGACGGAGCACAUCAAGUCUCACCUCCAGAAGUACCGCCAGCACCACGACCGGUCGCGGCAGCCCUUCCGCGACCACUUCGAGCGCUGCCUCCGCGCGCCGGCCGCCGCGCCGCCGCCGCCCGCGGCGACGCCGCCGCAGCGCGGCCGCGAGGCGAUCGAAGCGGCCGUCGGGCGCGCCCCGGGCGUUCUUUGCGAGUUGGCCGCUGUGCGGGCUUGCCUCCGCCGCGACGUGGACGCGGCGCUCGCCGAGCACCGCUGCCUCGCGGACGAGCUCGCGGCGCUGGCCCCCGGCCCGAGCUAA